AUGUUACAUGUAAAUAAAAACAUAACCUAUAAUAUACCUCAAACGACCCCGAAUGCAAACUAAUUCAGUUAUUUUAAAGUCAGCAGUGUAGCCUUAAUCGUGUUUAUUUCGUUUCUGAAAUAGUAGUAUUGACAAUACACCUACAAGAAAUAUGACUGUUUGUAUACAAUGCGGUGGGGAACCAAAAUACAAAUGUCCAACUUGUUGUCAACCAUACUGUUCAGUACCUUGCUGUAAACAACACAAGGAGACUCCAUGUUCGCCUCCCCCAGUAAAGGAACCUAGCGCCCCACUCGAGACUCAUAGACACACUACUUAUGAUUACCCUACAGAGGACACAGUUGCACCAGAAACAUUAAAAUUAUUAGAAAAAUCUGCAGGUGUAAAGAAAUGUUUAGAAAACCCUCAUGUUCGGAAAAUAUUAGAGGAACUUGAUAAGUCACCACACCCCGAUGAAUUAAUCCAAGAAUACAUGCAAGAGCCUAUUUUUACAGAACUUGUUGACGAGUGCUUAAGUGUUGUAGAGCCACCUGAUAACAAAGAUAAAUAGAUAAUAACUAUUAGUCUAAAAAAAUAAGUUAUAACAUCUCUUCCAUGUCUGUUUUAGAGCCACAAAAGAUAAGUAAGUACAUGGUAUAGCUAUUAGUCUAAAAACAAUAACUGAACAUCAAUGACAGAGAAAUUUGACCCCUAUUCAUACAAAUUGUUUAGUUUCUUUGCUAUACCUAUUAAACUGUAUAAAAUGUGUAAAGAGAAAAAUCUUGGACAUUCUAAUUUCCUACUGAAACAAGUUAAAAAAAAUAAGUACUUUACUACUACUUACUACUUUAUUACUAGUAUUAUAGUCUACCUAGUUAGGUAGACUAAUACUUUACUAGUAUUAUAGUCUUCCUAGUUAGGUAGACUAUAAAGAAUAGUACCUUUUUUUCUGGAAAUUCCAUCCAGCUGCAGUAUUUCUAAAACCUGAUAUGUUUGGUAGGUACUAUUGGUGAUACAAUGAUCAAAUCUAUGAAAACCUUAAGAGUAAUGUGGGCAUCCAUCUCUGCUGAGACAGAAACCUGUUUAGCUCUAUGAUUAAAACAGAUGUUUAAAAAUGUUAUUUCAACCCGAUCUUUGGGAAAGCUAAAAUAAGUUAUAAUUGUUUAAAUGACAUUAAGGCUUUCAGAGGCACAUAAUCAUCUUUGUAUAAAUUUAUACUAAGUAAUAAAUGACAUAUGUAUUGUGAUUUAUAUGGAUAAGAUAAUUAAAAGAAGUGAUAAAUUCUUUAUU